AUGCUGACGGGACCAUCUGGACACAGAGACCCUUUGCCCGCAAUCGGUUUCCUCGGCAAAGACGGUUCGGGGUACACACCCAACCACUCCUCGAUCGCGACCAGCAUCGGAUCGCCUACCUCGCUGAUGAGCCCCAGCAACAUGUACACCGGCCAGCCAUACUCGUGCACGCCGGCCACCAGCGCUCCCUCACAACCAGGAUACAUCUCAUCCCCGGAGUCGCGCCGCGCGGUGGAGGAGGACAAGGAUAAACAAGCUCCGCGGCAGUCGCUGCCGUCCAUCCACGAGGCCCUGGGCAAUGACAACCCGCUGCCAUAUCCGGCGCCCACGUCGGCGCCGCCAUCACAACCCGGACACACCGCACCGCCGCCGUCACAUUUGAUCGGACGGUCAAGCGCAGAAGGUCCCUCGGGACCACCGAACCCUUUCUCCAAUCCACCGGCGUUUCCCCAUCAGCCUCAACUAGCGGGAGGCUCGAUUCACACCCAAGACUCUCGGAAUACGUCGCUACACUCGCUCAACUCGGGCAAAUCUCCCACACAAAGCGCAAAGACGGGCAUAACCUCGGUCUCCGGGUCGCAGAACUCGUCCGGCUACGACUACAGCGCGCCGACCUCCGCGGGCAGCGUGGCUUCUCCCAACGGCUAUGGCCAUUUCCCUCCAACAAACUACACCUUCCAAUCUCAACCGCCGCCCAGCACCUCUUCGUAUCCGCCAGCUCAUUAUGACAAUCGUCCUUACAUGGGCGCUCCAUGGAAGCCUGGUGCAGAACCAGCACGGGUGGAGGAAGCCAAGGGCGGAUUUGUGGGCCGGCCGAUUCCAGGCCAACCCCAUGGCGACAGUGUGAAACGGCACCUAGACGUCUACGAUGUGGAGACGUCGCUAAAUGAGAUUGCCGAACUGAGCAACCGAACAUUGGAUUUCUCGCGGCAUUAUGCAGCGAGGGCGCAUCAGACCCAGCGAUCGGGACCGGUCCUUGGGUCUCUGCCCACGCUCACCGAAGUGGAGGACAUGCUCCAUAUGCAGCGUCGGAACCAAGAUGCGCUGAUCCGGAUACGGACAGCGGUAGUGAACCAGGAACAGGCGCUGGCAGAGCAGAUGGCCCAGCGCAAGGCGUUUAAGCCCGGUGGAGUGGACGCCGAUGAACACAUGGCCAUGUACCAGGAAGAGUUCAAAGGCGCCGGCGGGUUUGCGGGUGCCGAUCCAAAGAAACGGCGUGGAAAAGCGGCCCCUCCUGGUCGUUGCCACAGCUGUAACCGAGCCGAGACGCCUGAAUGGCGUCGGGGACCGGAUGGAGCCCGAACGUUGUGUAACGCGUGCGGCCUGCACUACGCCAAGCUGACUCGCAAGAUGGGCGCCAACAAGGCGGCCACCCUGGGUUCCAACCUCAAGCCCAAGGCCGUCCUCGACUCGGCCUCGCCCACCAGCCUUUGA